ACCUCGACGGUCCUAUACCCGGUUAUCCUACCCCAAAUCGCUUCUGCAGCCCCGGCACAAUAGCACCGCUCAGGCGUUCUCAGGGCUUGCGACCCCCUCCCCGGCCAGCCCAUUACCGACCCCGUUCCGAAAACCAUUGGCUCGCCAUUUUAUGCACCGCGACUCCUAGACGUCCCGACCAGCUCCUCCAUAUUGACGGACCACUUUCUACUCCUGCUAGAAAGAGAGUAUACUUGGCCCCUCCAACCGAGUGGCUCGUCUUAAAACCGAUCUCAACACCCACCAACGAUAUUGCUUCGGCUCAUCACGUCCAUCGCCAGCAUGCACGAUCAAAUCAUUGGCACGAUAGGCAUGGACCAAGGAAGUCACAUCGCUCAUGACAACAACACAUAUGGAAACAACAAUUGGGUAGAUAUGAACUCAUUCCACCACCAGACCACCAUGCCGGACUACGGCGGCAGCUACGGUGGUUAUAUGCCACCGAUCUCUCAUGGGCUGCCCUCCGAAUCACUAGGCAGGAUGCCUCCUCCCCCGCCUCCUCAACAUCAUGUGCCUCAACCUCAUCAACAUUCUCACCCCCCUCUUCCAAUGUUGAUGAUGCCCCAAACGACGACGACUUGGCCGAGCAUGUUGACGAAUCCAACCUACGGUUCACACCCUUUCCCGCCCGUCGCCAUCCCCCCGGUAACAAUGCCGCUCAAGAACUCCAAACUGCCGGCUAUCCAGACAACAUCACAGCCCAGAAAAACACUCACCGACGAGGACCGUCGGCGUAUGUGCCAGUACGCUAUGGAUCAUCCGACGGCCAAGCAAACGGAUAUCGGAGCCCAGUUCGGUGUUGAGAGAAGGUAGCACCGUGUCCAAGGUGCUACGCCACAGGGAUAAGUAUCUGAAUCUUGAGGACCGAAGCAGUUCUCCGAUUAAGCGUAACAAAGUCAAGGGCGCGGAUGUC